AUGGAGAGCAAGCCAGCAGUGAAUGGCCAUGCUGCCCCCACCUCUCACCAGGAAGACAUGCCAGGAGCAAACCACUUGCGCCAGGACAUAUUGCCUUGCGAACAGAAAAAAGCAGCUAACGGGGAUGUGAUGGUGAUGGGUGCUUUGGAGGCAGCUAGCAGCAUUGCUGGAGUGUACGUAGAGGCUUCGAAGAAGAUAAUGAGCUUUUAUGAUGCCACCAGAGAGCAUCUUCUGAGUUUGGAUUCCGCACUCUGUCUUCUUGAGGCCCAGGCAGCCAUGGGCUUCAUCACUGACCCGGUGAAGAACAGGCAUGUCUCCGUAGCAGAAGCUGUGCAGCUGGAGCUAGUGGGGCUGGAGCUGAAGGAGAGGCUGCUGUCUGCAGAGAAAGCUGCUACUGGCUUUGUGGACCCCUACACAGAAGAGAAAAUCUCCCUCUACCAGGCGAUCCAGAAGGACCUGAUCGGGAGGGAGCAAGGUACUCGGCUGCUAGAGGCCCAGAUUGCAACUGGAGGCAUCAUUGCCCCAGCCACUGGCUGCCGGCUCCCAGCAGAUGUUGCCUGUGAGAGGGGAUAUUUAGACGAAGAGAUGAGACAGCUCCUCUCUGACCCCAGCAAUGAGGACAGCAAAGGGUUCCUCAACCCCAAUACUAUGGAGAGGGUCACUUAUAUGGAGCUUAUAAAAAGGUGUGUUGUUGAUCAGGCCUCAGGCUUCCUCCUCUUGCCCCUGCAAAUCACGUUCCCAGGGCUGGGAGGGAGGGUGAGCAGCCGGGAUCUGCUGGACUCUGGCAUCAUCAGCCCUGACAUAUUCAGAGGUCUUGAGGAGGGAAGAGUUUCUUCCCAGGAGGUAGCAGAGAACGACUCUGUUCAGCAGUUCCUGCGUGGGACAAGGAGCGUGGCUGGUGUUGUCCUGCCUUCCAGUGAGCGGAAAAGCCUUUACCAGGCACUGAGAGAGCAUCUCCUCAUGCCUGGUGCUGCUCUGAUGCUCCUGCAAGUCCAGGCCUCCACUGGCAGCCUGACAGACCCCAUAAAGAACAAAAGCUAUUCAGUUGAUGAGGCUGUCAGGGUUGGUCUCAUCGGCCCAGAGCUUCAUGAGAAACUGUCUUCAGCUGAGAGGACCAUCACUGGAUACAGGGACCCAUACACUGGAGAAAUGCUCUCUUUGUUCCAAGCCAUCAGGAAGGGCUUUAUCCCCAGGGAUCACGGCAUUUGCCUUCUGGAGGCUCAGAUGGCCACAGGGGGUAUAAUUGCUCCAGGCAGGCACCUCCGCGUCCCCACAGAGACAGCUUGCAAGUGGGGGUACCUGGAUGAGGCCACAAGACAGCUCCUCUCCAGUACUACUGAUGACAUUAAAGGGUUCUUCGACCCCAGCUCCAAGGAGAAGCUGAUCUACGCAGACCUGCUCAAGCGCUGCGUCACUGAUCCCAACACGGGGCUUCUUCUGCUGCCACUUGGUGGAGACAGCAGAGAAGGAUCCAAGGGAACCCACCUCUUCUUUGACCAUAGGACCCAAACAGCUCUGGAAAACACAGAGGUACCCAUUGCUUUAGGUAAAUUCAAGGGAAAGUCGGUGUCUCUCUGGAAACUCCUCUUCUCAGACUACAUCCAGAGUGAGCGAAGAGCUGCUCUCACCCAGCAGUUUUUGAAGCUCUCUAUGCAAGAAUUGGGUAAGGCAGUCAGUGCCGCCAUUGAGGAAAUGGCUUCCACUGCUAAUGUCACCUUUGAAGGACUGAGGGACCGUGUGACAGCUGACCAGCUCCUGAGCUCGGAAAUCAUCAACAAAGAUUUGUUUAAGAAACUGAAGGAGGGAGAAACAUCAGCCAAAGAAGUUGUCAGCAUGGAUACUGUCAAGAAGUAUCUGCAAGGGACAGGUAGCAUUGGUGGGCUCCUGCUUCCUGACUCCCAGGAGAAGAUCAGCAUCUACCAGGCAAAGCGGAAAGGACUUUUAAGGCCAGGAACAUCACUGAUCCUCCUGGAGGCACAGGCUGCUACUGGAUUUAUCAUUGACCCAGCUGCCAACAAAAGGUAUUCUGUGGAUGAGGCGUUAAGAGCGAAUGUCAUUGGCCCAGAUGUUUAUGACAAGCUACUGACUGCAGAGAAAUCAGUCACCGGCUACAGAGAUCCUUACUCAGGGAACAAGAUCUCCCUCUUCCAGGCCAUGAAGAAGGAGCUCAUCGUCAAGGAGCAUGCUAUCCGCCUGCUCGAGGCCCAGAUCGCCACCGGUGGCAUCAUUGACCCCGUCAACAGCCACCGUAUCCCCGUGGAGGUGGCUUACCGGCACGGCUACUUUGACAAGAAGAUGAACUUAAUCCUUUCUGAUCCCAGUGAUGACACCAAGGGCUUCUUUGACCCUAACACACAUGAGAACCUCACCUACCUGCAGCUGAAAGAGAAGUGCAUCACAGAGCCAUCCACCGGGCUCUGCCUCCUUCCUCUGAACAGCAGGAAGCGUCAGUUCAUCGAUGACACCACCAGACGAAUGUUCAGGAGCUCCUGGCUGCCAGUCAGGUUUGGGCGGUUACGAGGAGAGAAGGUCUCAGUCUGGGACCUGCUGAAAUCCCAGUACUUCAGCGAGGGGAGGCGCCGAGAGAUAUUCAACCACUACCAGCUGAGGAAGCUCAGCCUGGAGCAAAUUCGAAUCAUGUUAGAGGAGGAAAUGAAAAAAUGGGCCCCCAUCAAGUUCCCAGCCAUGAGAGGCAGCGUCAGCGCUUACCACCUCAUGGAAACAGGUGUCAUUGACAAGGCCUUGUUUGAGAAGGUGUUGGAAGGAUCCGUCACACCAGAGGAAGUCCUGCACAUGGACUCUGUCAGAAAGUACCUCUAUGGCUCUGGCAGCAUCGGGGGGAUUGUGCUGCAGCCAUCAAACCAGAGGAUAAGCAUUUACGAGGCCAUGAAGAAAAACAUCAUGGUACCAGGAGUAGCCCUCCCACUGCUAGAGGCCCAGGCUGCCACAGGCUUCAUCAUUGACCCAGUGAACAACCAGAAACUCUGUGUGGAUGAUGCCAUCAAGGAGGGAGUCAUUGGGCCAGAAGUCCAUGAGAAGCUGCAGCAUGCAGAAGGGGCUGUAACAGGCUACAAAGAUCCUUUCACAGGCAAGAAGAUACCCCUUUUCCAGGCAAUGAGGAAGGGUCUGAUUGCUGACAAACAGGCCAUGCAGUUGAUGGAGGUGCAGAUGGCUACAGGAGGCAUCAUUGACCCAGCAUGUGGUCACUAUAUCCCCAUAGAAUCUGCCCAGAAGAGAGGGUGCCUGGAUGAGGACACGUGCAAGGCCCUUUCUAAGCCCAGUGACAAUAACAGAGCCUUCUGUGCCCCAGACAGCAAAGAGACCGUGACUUAUGCCGAGCUAAUCAAGCGCUGCCAGAAGGACGAGAUCUCCGGCUUCCACUUGCUGCCUCUGCCACAGACAGCUGCUCCUGCCUACACCGACAAACAAAUCCAACAGAUUUUUAAGGAAACUGUGGUGAAGGAAAAAGGGGUCUCCCUCUGGGAGCUAAUCCAUUCUGGGUAUUUCACUGAGGAGCAGAGGAGUGACUUUGUGGAGAGGUUCCAGUCUGAGGAAAUGUCGCUGCAGCAGCUGGUUGCUCUUGUGCUCAGACUGGUUGGGGAGAUGGAAAUGAAAGCCCGCACCCACAUCACCUUGGAAGGCUUGCGGGGCAGUGUCCCUGCUGUCUGGCUGCUGGAUGCUGGCAUCAUUACUGAGAAGAUGUUUGAAGAACUGGCUCAGGGCACAAAAACUCCUGAGGAAGUGGCUGCCAUGGAGAGUGUGAACAGGUACUUGCAGGGCACAGGCAGCAUUGCCGGGGUAUUCAUAGAGGCAUCUAAAAAGAAGAUGAGCUUUUACGAUGCCAUGAAAAACAAUCGUCUCCUCCCUGGGGCUGCUCUGAGGCUGCUAGAAGCUCAGGCAGCCACAGGAUACCUAACUGACCCAGCAACAAACCAGAGACUCAGCGUGAGGGAUGCUGUGAAAGCAGCUGUUGUUGGUGAAGAGCUCACCGAGAAACUCCUUCUAGCUGAGAGGGCAGUGACUGGCUACACGGACCCCUACACGGGGAGCUCCAUCUCACUAUGCCAAGCACUAAGGAAAGAGUUGAUUCCCCUGGGAGAUGCUGUUCCCUUGCUAGAGGCCCAGCUGGCCACAGGAGGGGUCAUUGAUCCCAUUCACCGCCAUCACCUUCCCCUCCAGGCUGCGUGCAGAUAUGGCUUCUACGAUGAGGAUCUGAACCAAACCCUCUCUCAGCUGAAUGAAAGCACCAAAAUCUUUUUUGAUCCAAACACAAAGGAGAACAUGACCUACCAGCAGCUGAAGGACAGGUGCAUUCAGGAGGCUGAGUCAGGUCUCUGGCUCCUUCCUCUGUCAGAAAAUGCGAUGUUCUGUGUGGAUGAACAAACCAUGGAGGUGCUGAAAUCUGUGACUGUUUGUGUCAACAUAGGGCGGUUCAAAGGACAGACAGUGUCAGUCUGGGACCUUCUCAACUCUGAAUACCUCUCAGACAGCCAGAGAAGAGAGCUAGUGCAAAAGUACAAAGAUGAGAAUACUGAAGUGCUACAUGAAAUCGUAACAAUUGUCACCACAAUCAUCGAAGAGACUGAGACACAAGGCACGAAGUUUGCAUUCAAGGGCCUGCGGAAAAAAGUAUCCGCCAGUGACCUCUUCCAGUCUCAACUGAUAGACAAAAAAACCCUCGAUGAUCUCAACCAGGGGAAGAAAACAGUCAAAGAAGUCACUGAAAUGGACUCUGUCCGCAGGUACCUGGAGGGCAGCAAUUUCAUAGCAGGAGUCCUUAUACAGCCAAGCAAUGAGAAGAUGAACAUCUACCAGGCCAUGAGGAAGGGCAUCCUGAGGCCAGGGACAGCACUGGUGCUGCUGGAGGCACAGCCUGCCACUGGCUACAUCAUUGACCCAGAGAAAAACAAGAAGUUUUCAGUGGAAGAAGCACUAACCGCAGGUCUAAUUGGAGGGGAAAUUUUUGAGAAGUUACUCUGUGCAGAAAGAGCCGUGACAGGCUACACCGACCCCUACACAAAAGCCCCGAUGUCCCUGUUUGAAGCUAUGAACCAAGGACUGAUUGUGAAGAGCCAUGGCAUCCGCCUGCUCGAGGCCCAGAUCGCCACUGGUGGCAUCAUCGACCCCGUGCACAGCCAUCGUAUCCCUGUCGAGGUGGCCUACCGGCGUGGCUACUUCAAUCAGGAGAUGAACCAGAUCCUCUCUGACCCCACCGAUGACACCAAGGGCUUCUUCGACCCCAACACCCACGAGAACCUCACCUACAUGCAGCUCCUGGAGAGAUGUGUCCAAGAUUCAGAGACUGGGUUGUACAUGCUGCAAGUUAUACAGGAAGGAGGAAAGUACUUCUACAUUGAUGAGUUCACAAAACAGGUUUUGCGCUCAAAGCCCCUUGAAGUGAAAGUUGGAAAGUUUAAGGACCAAACAGUUUCCAUCUGGGAAAUUCUCUGCUCUCAUUAUAUCUCUGAGCAGAAAAGGAAAGAACUAGUGAUGCAGUACAAAUGCAAAACCCUCGCACUGGAAGAUCUCAUAGCCCUCAUCCUCAAAAUAAUUGAGGAUACAGAGCAAAGAGCAGAAGCCCUCAAGGUUAAAGGACUCCGGGGGGAUGUGUCAAUAUCAGAAUUGUUUAACUCUGAGAUAAUUGACAAGAAAACUCUAGAUCAGCUGCAGGAUGGGAGUCUCACACUUGCCAGCCUCACAAAGAGGGACACCAUCAAAAGGUACUUGGAUGGCACUGGAUGCAUUGCCGGGGUUCUACUCCCAUCAAAGAAAGAGAAGUUGAGCAUCUACCAGGCCCUGAAGAAGGGCCUCCUCACAGAGCAAUGUGCACUGGGGCUGCUGGAGGCACAGGCUGCCACCGGUUUUCUCAUAGACCCACUGAAAAAUAAGCAGCUCUCCGUGGAGGAGGCUGUCUCUUCUGGGCUGGUGGGUAGCAACUUGCACAAGAAGCUUCUGUCAGCAGACAAAGCUGUGACGGGAUACACAGAUCCUCAGGGAGGAAAUAAAAUAUCCCUCUUCCAGGCCAUAAGGCAAAAGAUAAUAGUAAAGGAGCACGGCAUCCACCUGCUUGAGGCCCAGCUUGCCACCGGCGGCAUCAUCGACCCCGUGCACAGCCACCGUCUCCCUGUGGAGGUGGCCUACCGGCGCGGCUACUUGGAUGAUGAUAUGCUUCUCCUACUUUCUGAUCCAGAUCAUGGUAGCAAAGGUUUUAUAGAUCCAAACACUCAUGAGAAAAUCAGUUAUAGUCAGCUCCUACAGAGAUGUUCCAAAGACAGAGAUACUGGAUUGUACCUGCUGCAGGUCAUGGAAAAAGAGGAUGAUUAUUUCUAUAUUGAUGAGCAAACAAAAAAUGCCCUAUUAUCCACAAAAGGCAUCCGGAGACCAGGGACAGCACUGGUGCUCCUGGAGGCGCAGGCUGCCACCGGCUUCAUCGUUGACCCGCUCACCAACAAGAAGCUCUCCGUGGACGAGGCCGUCUCGUCCGGGCUG